UCCCCUUGCGGCGGGAGUGCGGUGAGAAUGUGUGGCCACACGCAGGCCGCAGUUCCGAGCUCCGACAUCUCCGAGUCAACAUCAGCAGGGCGUCCACAAUGCGAGUGCUCGUGAGCCUGUUGGCGCUGGCUGCCUUGGCCAGGCUGACCGCGGCGGCCAGAAUACUCGGCGUGUUCGGCCACGUGGGCAGGAGCCACUUCGACUCGUUCCAGCCGCUGCUGGAGGAGCUGGCCUCGAGAGGGCACAGCCUCGUCGUGCUCAGCCACUUCCCGCGCGCCUCCCCGCUCGCCAACUACACCGACGUGAGCCUGGUCGGCUGCGUGGAGGGCCUGGCGAGCCACGGCUCCGUCGACGCGGCGCGCGCCGUCGGUCUGGGCGAGUGGCUGUUCUCCCCCUUGCUCGCGCGGUUCGGGGCCCGCACUUGCGCGGACGUGCUGGGGCACCCGCCCGUUCGAGCGCUGCUCUCGUCCGACGGGCGGUUCGACCUGGUGCUCACCGAGGUGUUCAACGCCGACUGCUGGCUGGGGUUCGCUCGGAGGUUCCGCGCGCCGCACGUCGCGCUCAGCUCGCACGUGCUCAUGCCGUGGGCGGGCGGCCGCGUCGGCAACCCCGACCACCCCGGGCACGUCCGCCACCUGUUCAGCGCCGCCCCCGCCAGCAUGUCCCUCCUGGACCGGCUGCGCAACACCGCCACCCUGCUGUACCACAAGGCGGCGUACCGUCUGGUGGAAGCAACGUUUGGUCAGGGGCUGGUGACGGAGACUUUCGGCGCCGGAACGAGCCUGGAGGACCUGAGGAGAAACACCAGCCUGGUGCUGGUCAACACGCACUUCAGCGUGAGCGGGGCGCGGCCCCUGGUGCCCGGUGUCGUCGAGGUGGGGGGCAUGCACAUCAGGCCGCCAGCGCCCCUUCCUCAGGACCUGGCGGAGUGGGUGUCGGGCGCGGAGCACGGGCUGGUGUACUUCAGCUUGGGCUCCAUGGUCAGGCCGGAGACCCUCCCCGAGGACAAGGUGCUCGCCCUCCUGCAGGCCUUCUCCGAGCUGCCGCAGCGCGUGCUGUGGAAGUGGGGCGGCGGUGACCUCCCGGGCCGGCCGGCCAACGUGCGUGCUGCCCGCUGGUUGCCGCAGCUCACCGUGCUAGAGCACCCGAAGACCCUCGCCUUCAUCAGCCAUUGCGGCAACCUGGGCACCUUGGAGGCGGUGCAUGCAGGGGUACCAGUGGUAGGCAUACCCCUGUACGGAGACCAGCCCAACAACGCAAGGAGCCUGGAGGCGAGGGGCAUGGCCGUGCUGCUGCCGUACCCAGGCAUCACCAAGGACAGCGUGCUGAGAGCCCUGAGGACAGUGCUCGAGGACCCGACGUACCGAGACAACGCUAAGAGGUUGUCCCGCGCGUUUAACGACCGGCCCUCGCCGCCGCUGCAGACGGCCGCCUACUGGGUCGAGUACGUGCUGAGGCAUCGUGGGGCGCCCCUGCUGAGGUCGGUGGGCGCCGACUUGCCCUGGUACCAGCACCUCCUACUGGACGUUAUUGGCGUCCUCCUGCUCGCGGCGUGGGCCAUCGCGUACCUGCUGCGACGAGCGGUCGCCUCCCUCAGAGCGCGCAAGAGCAAGACCGAGUGAGCUGCGCCCCUACGAAGUCCCUUUUAGAAGCUUUUUGGCCUCUCUGUCCUUGUGUUCAUGAUUGUGGACAUGACCCUGCAUGGGAAUUUUCCAAGAUAAAUUAAAUCAUGCCCUUAUUAAGUCCCCUCUAGAAGUUUCUUGGCCUUUUUGGCCUAAUGGUCAUGAUUGUGGACAUGACCCUGCAUGGAAGUUUUCCAAGAUAAAGUAAAUCAUGCCCUUAUUAAGUCCCCUCUAGAAGUUUCUUGGCCUUUUUGGCCUAAUGGUCAUGAUUGUGGACAUGACCCUGCAUGGGAAUUUUCCAAGAUAAAGUCAAUCAUGCCCUUCUGAAGUCCCAUCUAGAAGCUUCUUGGUCUUUUUGGCCUUAUGUUCAUGAUUGUGGACAUGACCCUGCAUGGGAAUUUUCCAAGAUUAUGUCAAUCAUGCCCUUCUGAAGUCCCCUCUAGAAAUUUAUUGGCCUUUUUGGCCUUGUGUUCGAUUGUGGACAUGACUCUGCAUGGAAAUUUUCCUAGAUAAAGUAAAUCAUGCCCUUCUGAUGUUCCUCUUAGAAGAUUAUCGAAAACGAAUCAAAACGUGUUCGAAAUAUUGAGUUAAAUAAUUUCUUUCCUUGGGGUAUUAUAGUGGUCAUGAUCCGGUAUGGAUAUUACCAAGCUCAAGUAAGUCAUGCCCUAUUAAAGUCCCUUCUAGAAGAAUCUGAAGAAUAACUUGUUCGAUGUCUUGAGUUUAACCCUUUUCGUCUCUGUGAUCAUGAUUAUUAACAUGAUAUACAUAGUGAAAUUUCUAAGAUAGAUUAAAUCAAGCCCUUUUUAGGCCUCUUUCAUGACUUCCAUUGUGUAAUUUAUUUAUUUACAUUCAAUUGCAUAAUCCAUUGAAGUCAUGUAUGAUGAGAGAGUGGACAUUAAGACAUAUUAUCGACUAAAAAGUAUUCCAUAAAAUAUAAAGGCCUAUAAAAAUGUUCACUAUACUUGAGGGAGGAAAAACUCAUUUUGUGGUAAUCGUGGGGUCACCGGACGACCUUAAUGGCGGAACAAGAACGCAACCGAAAAACAUAACUAUGAUUAUGAGGUUUAAAUGUCUUUGAUUUUUUUUAAUUUGUAAUAGCAAAUAACACAGUCUGGGUGAAUUUCCUGUGAGAUUUUUGUUGUUAGUGUUACUGCAGAACUACUUAUGGUAUAUUUGACACCAUUAACUCUGAACAAGUACACAUCGGCACCAAACAGUAGGCCCUAAUAGACUGAACAGUCGCUAUUGUCAAGGUUGAUAAUGGGAAAAAAUCACGGGAUUAAUAACUGACUUCACAGUUCUCAGAAGAAUGUCAUUUGUCAUUGACCACUAACUUGUGAGAAGUAUUGUGUUGGCUGCAGGUAAUUAUAUCAGGGGGUGUUACAUACUCUGUGGUCCAGUUCCGUAAUAUCAACAAAUUAUUUUUCUUUAAAGAUAGCCCUGUCGCCUUUUCUAUUCAAGGGAUUCAUCGAACUUUAUAGACGUAGAAUAAUCACCACUUAAGUCUCACAAAAUAUUGGUAAAUCUCAUGAAAUCUUUCUCUUAUAACAAAAUGAUACCUACAUAUUUUAGCACACCACUUGAUAAUUCUAAGCUAGAAAUCAAAAGGAAUUGAAGGAACCAAUCCUGAAUAUUGAUAAAAAUUUUAACUCUAAUCUCACUACCAAGUGAUUAUGUAUUCUUAAAUUUUAAGGGUAAGCAGACUUACAUUUUUUUUUAACUUUCAAAGCGAAAUUCCAACUGUAACUGUGAAUUCACUUAUAGGACUCAAAUUAAAGGUUGUAUCAAUUAUGUUCUCAUAGAGGCCAGAUAUAGUUUUGUUUGCGAUAAUUUAUAAGUUCUGAGUUUCUGUUUUAUGUAAUUCAAACUAUAUCUAAAGUACUUAAUGAUUAAAACUUGUUUUGUGUCACUACAUCAAACAAAAUAAACUGAACCUUAGCAAUAUUACAUAAUGUAUGAUUUUAUUGUGGAUUAAAAACAUCAUUUUGGAUUGUAUAAUAUUCAACCACAACUCACAAAUUAUUUUUUUGUAUUAUAAUUUGUAGUUCAGAAGAGUAUUAAACAUUUUUUUAACAAUAA